GAGGCAUAUGGAUGGUAGACACGGUGGCCAUCGUGCGAACUGUGACGAUAGUCUGACGAGCUGAUACUAUUCGAGGUGCAAAUGUGAUGAUACUGCGUCCGAUAGAGAGCAGGGAAUUCAUAUAACGGGGAACUCAAUUGCAUGGAAUGAAACUAAUCCAGCUGCCAGACCAAAUUUGAGCUUACAGAUAAUGAUCAGUGAAGGUCAAAGAUUUCUUAUUUUGGUCGUGAAGGGUGGGGUGAGAAGGAGGGGUAGAAUGAUUAUUGGCCUAAGGCCUCAAUGGCAAGAACGACCUCACGACAAAUCACAUGAUAUGUGCGUUCUCCUGAUCUGGUUAGUAAACUCCGAUGAUUCCGUCUAUCUUCUUCCCCUGACUCUGGGAAGCACAUAUCUUCCAUCCAAAAGAUAUAGCCGGUACAAACAACGUUUGACCAACCGGGAAAUGCAUAGAUCUGAGAACAGAUCUACAAGGAAUUGGAAACCAGCCAGAAGGAUCUUUCUGUCGCGGAUUCAAAUUAAAUUGAAGCUUAAUCUCAAUGGCACUGUUUCAAGGUGCUCAAUUGCUCUAGUGGGAGGUGGAUUUGGGUGUUUCUAUAUGGUAGAUGAUUAGGUACGAAUGUAUAGUGUUAUCUCUACACACUCAACUCGAAUACCUCGAAUAAGAAAACCAUUCACGGAAGGUCUCAUCCGAAAACAGCCGUGGAGUGUAUUUACAACUAUCACAUACAGAAGAGUUUUACCGGGAAGAAUGCGGUCUAGAUGUUCUGGCCUGCAGACCGCAAACGGCAAGCUGCAACUUGUCACAUCAUUGUGACCUGCCAACUUGUUCGUGCGU